AUGCCAAAGAAGAGAGCAAGCGCUUCCUCAUCAUCACAAGUAUUGGAAGAAGGAAGUGCUGAUGACUUUUCGGGUUCAUCAUCCAAAGCAAGUGCUUCCUCAUCGGUAUCAACAACUGAUGAUAGAAUUAAUGCGGAUGCAAAUAAUAAUGAGGAAGAGGAAAAUAAUGGUGAAUCAAAUAAUACUAGUAAACGAUCAAAGACUCGGAAAAAGAGGAAAGUACAAACGGAUUAUUGUGAGGAAGUUAAACUAAAUACCUCCAUCACAAUUGAUUCUAAUUCUCUUGACUAUACCGAAGAUAAACCACCACUGAAUGAUUUUUUUGAUUACAGAAAUUAUUUGGAAAAGACAAUUAUUGCCCUUGAUAUUGGAUCUAGUUUUGUUAAAGGAGCAAAGUUUAAAGUAAUUAAUUCGAAAUCUAAACCUAGUGUGACAUCAGUACAGAUGAAAUUUGACACCCAUCAAUUUUAUCCAUCAAGGAUUUUCUGUAAAACUUCGGGUAGUACCAAGUUUCUUGUUGCUGAAAAAGCUCCAGAAAAUGAUGGAUGGAAGGAAUUGGAGAAUAUUAAGAAAUUAUUUCUUGUUCAAGAAGCUCUGGCGAUUAAAGUUAACAACGAGAAGGUUACUGUCAGCAAUGCAAUAUAUCACUUUAUUAAAGAAUUGCUGACAAAAAGUAUAACUAAAAAAUCACAAGUCAAUGGAAAAGUAGUGAGCGAAUUGUCAAAUGUUAGUGCCUUCAUAUUAACAUGUCCAACUGGUACCACUGAAAAUAUUAAGAAAGUUUACAGAAAUUGUCUAAUGAAGGCCCUUGCAUCAUUUGAGGUUGACCUAGAUUUUGAGCACUUGUAUGUGAUUGAAGAAUUUGUACUCUUGAAAUACUAUUGCGAUUCUCAGAUUGAUAUUGUGAAAGAACCAACACUUUAUAUCGAUGUAGGUCAUUUAACUCUAGAUAUCAGUGUUGUAGAAUUUACAGAAGAUGGAAUACCAGAGAUUACAUUUAAAAAUGGUGAGGUUGGAGGAAUGUCUAUUGUACACAAAGUAAUACAAUCCAAAUACGGAGAAGAAACACUGGAUAUUCUUGCCAGUCAAUUUGAGAGUAACAGUUCUUCAUUAAUUGAAGAACUAGUGCCUCUGGAGAAAGAAAUUGAAGAAGCCCUUCACCAAAUGAUGGUUCCCCUUUGUUUAAUUAUUGUACAAAAGAAUAUCAAAACUGUCCAUUUCGCUGGAGCUGUAACUAGAUGUAAAUACUUUGAAACUAGGUUCAGAGAAAUAUUGAAAAAAGAAAGUAUUCAAGAUAUUCUCGAUGAAAGAAGGUGUUAUUUUAAAGAUCAAUACAAGGAUAUAGAUGCAUUCGACUUUAAUUUAAAUUGGACUGUGGAUGGAUUGAGUGCUCUCAUUACUGGUGUUGAGAUGAUUAUUAAUUCGUCAAUUUAUGCCACAGGUGAGGUACCACUUACUAUUGGCAAAAACCUGGACUCUAAUUUCGAUUAUCAUGUUGGAAUAUUGGAUGAAUGGCAAAAAGAAUAUGCUAUCAAUCUAGACAUUGCAGCUUAUGAUAUGUAUGCAAUUCAAGACUUUGAAAUAUUCAUUUUAAAGUUUAAUGCCAUGUUCGAUUUGAAAAAGUGUUCAAGAAUUGAUCAACACAACUACAAUUUGAUGGGAAUAUCAGAGUUUGAACGUUUUACAACAGUGGAGCUUUGUAUUGAUGGUGAGUCUAUUCUCACUACCAAUCCAACAUUUAUCGUGACGAGUUCUGUAGACUUGAAAGCUGUCCAUGUAAAUAUUUACUUUAAGAAACGUUCAUUAUUUGCCAAAUCUAUACUGAAAAUUCUCAGAAAUGGAAGACUGGAAAGGAUUGCUGUCAAUGACGCUGUUAAAACCAUUUUCCUUACCAAAGAAUCGGAUGAAUUUACUUGGUAUGGUUCCAAAUAUAUAACCAAAUUCUAUCUUACUGGAUGUAAGGCCAACAGAAUUGAUGAAUCUACUGUAUUGAUAGAAUUUGGUGAUGAUACAGCAAUGCUGGACAAGCUCUACUCACACAAGAAAAGCACCCUACUUACGAGCCUUCCAGAAAUUACUGAAGGAGAUAAUGAAAAAGUGAGAAAGGAUAUGGGAAGUAGUUGUGUUGCGUGUGGUUUACCAAUUCCAGACAUGGCAACCAAAUACGAAGUCACUCCACCAGUAUUCCACGAAUACUCUUUCCACCUUGAUGAAAUAUCCAAAUGUGGAUAUAUUUGUACUGGAUGUCAUCAAACUUUCAAAGAAAGAAAGAAAGGUCUUCGAAAGUCCAAAAAGAAGAAAUCCAAAAACAAAUCCAAAACCAAAAACAAAGAAUAA